AUUUUUUAUGGCAGAGUGGUGCAAUGAAAGUGAGAUGUGUUGACAUCCUUCGUGAUAUCAAGGGGAAUCAUCCUGGCAUGUUGAAGAAUGUGGACCCAUUUUUUAUUCUGUUUAUUUGUUACCGCAUGAACAAGUAUCCCGUUGCGAGAUGGCAUGAGAUAGUGGAUCUUCGUGGACAGAAAGAUGCCGUGGGGCGUAUGUCCCUGUGGCAUCUUUUGCAACCAACACUCUUUUUUGUUUCUCCAAGUUGCUGGUGCCCCCAGGCAAAUUUGUUGCUGUUUGGUCCGGAGGGAUUCGGUAAAAUGUUGUUCGCCCAAGGAAUUGCGGGGGAAGCGAAAGCCACGUUUUUCCAUUAUAAUGCUGCUUUGUCGGAUACUGAAAAUGGUGAGAAUGCGGUGAUUGCCCUUUUUGGGGUGGCGAAAUGCAAGCAGCCAUCUGUUAUCUUCGUCGAAAAUAUUGACUGUAUUUUAUCAGCGGUAUUGUCUUUCUUGUCGCGUAGGUUCAAGUACUAGACCGGAAGUGCUUUCCCAAGAAGUGUUAAACGUGUUUCGGAAUAGGUUAUAUCUACCCUUGCCCUCGUUCAAAGCUAGGUGGUCCAUUAUCGAGGGAUUUUUGGAGAGAGAAGGACUGUUUCGCCUGUCAUGGUCUGACUUGCAUGAUAUUUGCCACAUGACUGCAGGUUACUCUGCUACGGAAUUAGAGGCGGUAGUCAAGCAUGCGGUAUCUCUCGGUCCAUUUUUUAUUAUCUUGAUACAUUUUUUUUAUUUUUUAUGGCAGAGUGGUGCAAUGAAAGUGAGAUGUGUUGACAUCCUUCGUGAUAUCAAGGGGAAUCAUCCUGGCAUGUUGAAGAAUGUG